CUUUGUUGACAAUUCAGAUUAUCUUCAGCUUUCAGACUUAGUCUAUAUAGAGUAGAUUUAGCUACAUGCAGUUCAUUUAACUUGAGAGUUCUUUAGCAAUGUAUGCUAGUACAAAUUAUUGUCUUCUAUCGGUGUGCUUUUAUCUGUUUGCCAAUGCUGCUUCUCAGCGUAUUGAAAUACAGCCAGUCGAUCAUCUGGAUAUUUUGCCUGGAACAGACGUUGUGUUUUCAGUAACUGUAGCUGAUGGAGUUGGUUCUCUUGACUAUUACUGGCUUAAAGAUGGCGAAGUGCUUACUCAUUCUCCUAAAUAUAGUGGAAUAGACACCGGCACAAUAACUGUUUUGAGUGCUAAUGAGGAAGACGAAGGCUUUUAUGUGUGUGUAGCUGUGUUUGAGCAAACAAAUUUUUUUUCCAAUCCAGCCUCACUCACUGUUCUGGAUGUACCUGUACUCAAUUCUCAGCCGGCAGACCAGAUCAAUGUUCCGCAGGGCAGAAAUGCUGUUUUUGGUGUAGUGAUUUCCGGUCAGUUCCUCAAGUACCAAUGGAAUAAAGAUGGAGUUAACAUUGUUGACACACCAGGCACCUAUUCUGGUACAAACACGGCUACACUUACUGUGACUGCUGGCGAAGAAGGGGAAUAUAGCGUUUUAGUCACUAAUCCAGCUGCACCAUAUGGGAUCUCUUCCAACAGUGCUUCACUAAUAACCUUGUACCCUCCAGUUAUUGCACAACAACCUAUGGAUCUGGGAGCUGCAUUGGGUGACACUGCACACUUUUCGGUAGUGGUAGUUGGAAGUGGUAUUUCGUACCAAUGGCUGGUUAUUUCUCCCCUUGGAGAUGGAAGUGCUCUCACUAAUACUGCCACCAUGCUUUAUACGAAUACAGACACCUUAAUUCUAAUCGGUGUUACUGCAAAUGAUGAAGGAAAAACAUUCUACGUUCGUGCCAGUAAUGCUGCAGGAGAUGUGCUGUCUACUACAGCAGUACUUACUAUUGUACAUCUUCCUGUAAUCUACAUCCACCCACAACUUUCGACACAUCAUGCUUCCUUUUCGGUUGUUGCUGCUGGUCAAAACUUGAGUUAUCAAUGGCUGAAAGGCAGUUAUGCACUCAAUGAUACUUCAAAAUUUUCAGGAGCUACAACAGCUACGCUGACAAUACUCAGUCCUGUUUCUCCAGAUGAUGACGGAUUCUACAGUGUAAUGAUUUCAAAUGCUGCUGGUUCUAUGACAUCCAGCCAAAGCCUUCUAACUGUUUCAAAUGAGCAAAACCUCACUAUCCCUGUUAUCGUGACUCACCCAGUGAAUGUUGAAGCUCCUGUCAGGGGAACAGCUACAUUUUCAGUUGUUUCUGUUGGAGAUAGCUCUAUACAGUGGUUUCAAAUUCCAAAUACGCCUCUUAUGAAUUCGGCAACCUUCAGUGGUACACAGACCAUGUCAUUGACCAUUAGUAGUGUUACUCACACAAUGGAUAGGGAUAUGUAUUAUGUGAGAGUUAAUGAUUCAGCUGGAACUGCUGUAUCAAGCACAGUUUCUCUAAAUGUCGUUGACCCUCCUGUUGUCAGUAUUCAUCCAUCCAACAUGUUGAACCAGUACUCUGGAGCGCUUGCUUCUUUCAGUGUGGUGGCUACUGGACAUGGACUGACCUAUCGGUGGCAAAAGGAUGGAGUUGUGCUUAGCGAUACAGACAAAUACACUGGAACCACCACCCCCACUAUUAGAGUUACUGAUAUUGUCUUUCCAGUUGACUCCGGCUUCUAUAGUUUGGUUAUUACCAAUGUUGCUGGUGCUGUUGUAUCCAAUGCAGCUUCGCUCACCAUUGUUGCCAUUGUGAAGGACCCUGAGAGUAUAAUUGUCGCUGGUGGAGAGAAUGCCACACUUACUGUGGCAACAAUUGGGGACUCCCUCAUUUACCAGUGGCGAAAGGAUGGAGUAGACAUUACCGACACACCUGGUGCUUACUUGGGAGCAAGCACACCCACUUUGGUGGUGCUUAGCACUGAUGAUGAUGAUGAAGGCUUGUACCAGGUGACAGUGACAAGCAUGGGCAAACAAGAUGGUAUUAUUUCUACAUCUGCAUCAUUGACUGUUCUUACGUGCCCUGUAUUACCUCUUCCUAUGAACGGUGGCAUUACAUUUAACAUGAGUUCUCUUCCAAGUGGUGGUUACCCACUAGGAAGUACUGUGACAUACAAUUGUAUCAGAGGCCAGAUAUUUGAAGGUGAUAUGAUAAGAGUGUGUCAGUAUGAUGGGACGUGGAGUGGAGUAGGACCCAGCUGCACUGAAUAUUGUCCUGGUCUGACUCUAACAGAUGGAAAUGUUACAUACUCUAUUGGUACUAAAGAAGGCAACCUACAGCCUGGUGCUGUAGCCACUCACCAGUGUGAACUUGGCUUUGACUUGUCUGGUGGGACCAACAGGACCUGUUUUAAUGUGGAAACGUCUGGACAAGGAGUGUGGACUGGGACCAACCUAAUAUGUGAACGUGUAAGGUGCAAUCCUCUACUUCUUGAAAAUGGAUUUAUCGACUAUAGCUCAGAUGUAGAACUUGGUAGUGGGUCUGGUUUUUUUGCUGAGCAAAAUGAUGGAUAUAAUUUUGGCACUGCUGCCACUCUCACCUGCAAUACUGGGUUCUCUUUGACUGGCGGUGAUGCUGCGAGAACCUGUGAUAAUGGUAUAGGAGUAGAGGGAGAGUGGAGCGGAGAGCAGCCUGAUUGUCAAGACAUUACCUGUGGGUUUAUUAUUCUGGAAAAUGGGAUCAUCUCGUUCGAUUCAAACUCAGACUUCCCUUUCAGUUUUGGCACUGCGGCCACACAUAAAUGUGACCCAGGGUUCUCCCUUGUGGGUACAGAAAUGAGAACAUGUGAUGGGAAUGGGUCUAGUACAUCUGGAAUGUGGAAUGGAGAGGCACCGAUUUGUCAAUCUAUUAUGUGUCCUGCUCUGCUCCUUGCUAAUGGCAAUGUGGAGUAUGAUGGUGGAAGUCGUGUAUACUCUGGGGACAGUGAGGGAGGAAGUCAUGUAUACUCUGGGGACAGUGAGGGAAAAGAUGUCGGCUCUGGAGAUGGUAUUCAAUACGGUAUCAAUGCCACUCUCACUUGCAAUGAGGGCUUCAUUAUGUUGGGUGACGUGACUAGAGUUUGUGAAGGAAGUGGUUCUACAGGAGUAUGGAGUGGCUCUUCUACGAUGUGCUCAGCUGUUAUGUGUCCAUCGCUAACUGCUCCCAGUAAUGGAUCUAUUUCUUAUGCUGAGGACAUGACAGCUGACUUUGAGUUCAUGACGACUGUAACAUAUAGUUGUAACUCAGGCUUUGCACUACUUGAAGGAGAUUCUAUGAGAGAGUGUUUGGGGAAGAACGAGUGGAGUGGAAGUCCGCCUCUUUGUCAUGCUGUUACGUGUCCUACACUCGUGGAUAUAUCCAAUGGUGUGAACGUGACCUAUGACCAUGCUCGGUUGCCCAAUGGCAGUCUUACAGUUGGAACAGUAGCCACUUAUGGCUGCAUGGAUGGAUUUGCACUACUAAAUGGAUAUACUUCAAGAACAUGCACUGGUAACGGCACUACUGUCAAUGGGGAAUUCGAUGGACAAGAACCAUCAUGUGAAGCAAUAACCUGCCAGGCAUUGCCCGAACCAGCAAGUGGAACUGUGUUCUAUGAUGACAAUAGAGAUGACGGCUCGUAUGCAUUUAAUGUUGUGGCCAGCUAUAGUUGUGACAUAGGGUUCACUCUGGUGGGUGGGACGACUAGAACUUGUACUGGAGAUGGCAGCAGUGUGGUCGGUGCUUUUGAUGGACUGGCUCCAACUUGUGAAGCCAUCGUUUGCUCUGCUUUGUCAAUUCAAAAUGGAGUUAUAGAAUACAAUAGUAGCAUACUUUUUAGUGGAUUCUUCUUUGGUGAACGAGCCCAGUAUGACUUUGGAACUACUGCUAUUUAUACGUGCAACACUGGAUUUGCUUUGACUGGUGGUGAUGUUGUGAGAAGCUGUGGUUGUGGCAUUGGAGUCGAUGGAGAGUGGAGCGGACAGCAGUUGACAUGUCAACCGAUUGUGUGCAGCUUUUUGUUCCUAGAGAAUGGAGUGAUCACAUACUCGCCAGACACAGAACAGCUCCCUUACAGUUUUGGCACUGUGGCCACACAUCAAUGUGACCCAGGAUUCUCCCUUGUUGGUACUGGAAAGAGAACAUGUGGUGGGAAUGGAACAUAUACAUAUGGAAUGUGGACUGCGGAGGCACCAAUUUGUCAACCCAUAUUUUGUCCUGCUCUGGUCCUCACUAAUGGCUAUGUGGAUCAUGGGGAUGGAAGUGGUGCAUACUCUGGGAUCAGUGAAGGAAGUGGUGCAUACUCUGGGGUCAGUGAAGGAAGUGCUGCCGGCUCUGGAGAUGUAAUUGAAUACGGCACUGUGGUCACCUACACUUGCAACAUUGGUUAUGUGUUGACUGGUGGUGAUGCUUUGAGAACCUGUAGUGAUGAGGGCGAGUGGAGCGGAGGGGAGCCUACCUGUGAUUCCGUCCUGUGUGACUCACUGACCCUCAGCAAUGGUUCUAUCUUGUACUCACCUGACACUGACUCUCCUUUUGAUUUUAACACUGUGGCCAUUCCUAGAUGUGACAAAGGAUUUGCUCUGAAUGGAAGUGUUGCAAGGAUAUGUGAAGGGGAUGGAGUCAACUCUACUGGUAUUUGGAGUGGAGAGCCUGCAUUUUGUGAACCAAUUUUUUGUGAUCUAGUGACUAUUGAGAAUGGAGUCAUUGAGUACUCAAUGAGUAAUCUAGCCCCCUUCUUAUUUGGUACCGUGGCUACUUACUCUUGUAAUGAAGGAUUCUCAUUGUUUGGGGUUGUGGAAAGGAUUUGUGAUGGAGAUGGAGCCAAUGUAUUUGGAGUGUGGAGUGACAUGCCUCCCACUUGCAAACCCAUUACAUGUGACCUGCUUUCCCUGGAUAAUGGAGUAAUCUCAUACUCACAACCAGACACAGAGUUCCCUUUGAGAUUUGGCACUUCGGCCACACAUCAAUGUGACCCAGGAUUCUCCCUUGUAGGUUCAAAAAUGAGAACAUGUGAUGGGAAUGGGUCUAGUGCAUCUGGAAUGUGGACUGGGAAAACACCAAUUUGUCAACCGAUUGUGUGCAGCUUUCUGUUCCUAGAGAAUGGAGUGAUCACAUACUCGCCAGACACAGAACAGCUCCCUUACAAUUUCGGCACUGUGGCCACACAUCAAUGUGACCCAGGAUUCUCCCUUGUUGGUACUGGAAAAAGAACAUGUGGUGGGAAUGGAACAUAUACAUAUGGAAUGUGGACUGCGGAGGCACCAAUUUGUCAACCCAUAUUUUGUCCUGCUCUGGUCCUCACCAAUGGCUAUGUGGAACACGGUGAUGGAAGUGGUGCAUACUCUGGGGUCAGUGAAGGAAGUGGUGCAUACUCUGGGGUCAGUGAAGGAAGUGCUGCCGGCUCUGGAGAUGUAAUUGAAUACGGCACUGUGGUCACCUACACUUGCAACAUUGGUUAUGUGUUGACUGGUGGUGAUGCUUUGAGAACCUGUAGUGAUGAGGGCGAGUGGAGCGGAGGGGAGCCUACCUGUGAUUCCGUCCUAUGUGACUCACUGACCCUCAGCAAUGGUUCUAUCUUGUACUCACCUGACACUGACUCUCCUUUUGAUUUUAACACUGUGGCCAUUCCUAGAUGUGACAAAGGAUUUGCUCUGAAUGGAAGUGUUGCAAGGAUAUGUGAAGGGGAUGGAGUCAACUCUACUGGUAUUUGGAGUGGAGAGCCUGCAUUUUGUGAACCAAUUUUUUGUGAUCUGGUGACUAUUGAGAAUGGAGUCAUUGACUAUUCAAUGAGUAAUCUAGCCCUCUUCUUAUUUGGUACCGUGGCUACUUACUCUUGUAAUGAAGGAUUCUCAUUGUUUGGGGUUGUGGAAAGGAUUUGUGAUGGAGAUGGAGCCAAUGCAUUUGGAGUGUGGAGUGACAUGCCUCCCACUUGCAAACCCAUUACAUGUGACCUGCUUUCCCUGGAUAAUGGAGUAAUCUCAUACUCACAACCAGACACAGAGUUCCCUUUGAGAUUUGGCACUUCAGCCACACAUCAAUGUGACCCAGGAUUCUCCCUUGUAGGUUCAAAAAUGAGAACAUGUGAUGGGAAUGGGUCUAGUGCAUCUGGAAUGUGGACUGGGAAAACACCAAUUUGUCAACCGAUUGUGUGCAGCUUUCUGUUCCUAGAGAAUGGAGUGAUCACAUACUCGCCAGACACAGAACAGCUCCCUUACAGUUUCGGCACUGUGGCCACACAUCAAUGUGACCCAGGAUUCUCCCUUGUUGGUACUGGAAAAAGAACAUGUGGUGGGAAUGGAACAUAUACAUAUGGAAUGUGGACUGCGGAGGCACCAAUUUGUCAACCCAUAUUUUGUCCUGCUCUGGUCCUUACCAAUGGCUAUGUGGAACAUGGUGAUGGAAGUGGUGCAUACUCUGGGGUCAGUGAAGGAAGCCCUGCCGGCUCUGGAGAUGUAAUUGAGUACGGCACUGUGGUCACCUACACUUGCAACAUUGGUUAUGUGUUGACUGGUGGUGAUGCUUUGAGAACCUGUAGUGAUGAGGGCGAGUGGAGCGGAGGGGAGCCUACCUGUGAUUCCGUCCUGUGUGACUCACUGACCCUCAGCAAUGGUUCUAUCUUGUACUCACCUGACACUGACUCUCCUUUUGAUUUUAACACUGUGGCCAUUCCUAGAUGUGACAAAGGAUUUGCUCUGAAUGGAAGUGUUGCAAGGAUAUGUGAAGGGGAUGGAGUCAGCUCUACUGGUAUUUGGAGUGGAGAGCCUGCGUUUUGUGAACCAAUUUUUUGUCAUCUGGUGACUGUUGAGAAUGGAGUUAUUGAGUACUCAAUGAGUAAUCUGGCCCCCUUCUUAUUUGGUACCGUGGCUACUUACUCUUGUAAUGAAGGAUUCUCAUUGUUUGGGGUUGUGGAAAGGAUUUGUGAUGGAGAUGGAGCCAAUGUAUUUGGAGUGUGGAGUGACAUGCCUCCCACUUGUAAACCCAUUACCUGUGAUCUGCUUUCCCUGGAUAAUGGAGUGAUCUCAUACUCACCACCAGACACAGAAUUCCCUUUGAGAUUUGGUACUUUGGCCUCACAUGAAUGUUUCCCAGGAUUCUCCCUUGUGGGUACAAACAUGAGAACAUGUGAUGGGAAUGGGUCUAGUGCAUCUGGAAUGUGGACUGGGAAGACACCAAUUUGUCAACAUAUAGUAUGUCCUGCUCUGCUCCUUGCCAAUGGUAACGUGGAGUAUGAUGUUGGAACUAGUGGGGACAACGAGAUCAGCUCUGGAGAUGUGAUUGACUAUGGAACCAAUGCCACUCUCACCUGUAAUGAUGGCUUCUUCCUGUUGGGUGAAGUGACUAGACUUUGUGAGGGAAAUGACUCUACUGGAGUGUGGAGUGGAUCUGCUACAAUGUGCUCAGUGAUCAUGUGUGAAAGCCUAAGUGCUCCGCUGAAUGGAACCAUAUCAUUCCAAGCUGACACAGCAGCCACAUUCAACUUCAGAACCAUGGCCACGUACGCAUGUGACAAAGGUUUUGCCUUGUCUGGUGGAAAUCCAGAGAGGACGUGUGAGGAAGGCCCUACUGAGGGGAUGGGAGCGUGGAACGGAUCUGCUCCUACCUGUUCUGAAAUACUGUGUAAUACACCAAGUGAUCCGUUUAACGGCAAAGUAAACUUGAAUGUCAAAAAUCUCACCAUUGGAGCCGUAGUGGCCUUUUCGUGUGAUCCUGGUUACUCUCUUGUGGGCAAUGUCAGCAUAACUUGUGAGCAAGAGGGUGUCGUUGGAAUGUGGAGCAAUGAUAUUCCAACCUGUGAUGCGAUAGAGUGCUCAAUGGUGAAUACAUUGCCCAAUGGAACGGUGAUGUACAGUGUUGACACUGUGGCACCCUUUGAGUUUGGUACUGUGGCGACACUUUCUUGCGAUAAUGGAUUCUUUCUUGACGGAGACAAUGUAAGGGUGUGUGAAGAUGACGACCAGCUCGACACAGUGGGUGUGUGGAGUGAAUCUAACGCUGCUUGUGAGGGAAUUGUGUGUGCCCUAUUGGAGGACCCGGAAAAUGGCACGAUAGUCUACAAUCGUAAUGUGUCUGAGCUGGUGGAUUUCAGAACAGAGGCCCACCACUCUUGUGAAGAAGGCUUCUUCUUGGUGGGAGAGAGCAUUAGAGAGUGUGGUGAAGGAAACGGAACAAGUGUUGAAGGAGAAUGGAGUGAUGGUGCCCCCGCCUGCUCAGUGAUCAUGUGCGAAAGCCUAAGUGCUCCGCUGAAUGGAACUAUAUCAUUCCAAGCUGACACAACAGCCACAUUCGACUUCAGAACCACGGCCACGUACGCAUGUGACAAAGGUUUUGCUUUGUCUGGUGGAAAUCCAGAGAGGACGUGUGAGGAAGGCCCUACUGAGGGGAUGAGAGCGUGGAGCGGAUCUGCUCCCACCUGUUCUGAAAUACUGUGUGAUACACCAAGUGAUCCGUUUAACGGCAAAGUAAACUUGAAUGUCCAAAAUCUCACCGUUGGAGCCGUAGUGGCCUUUUCGUGUGAUCCUGGUUACUCUCUUGUGGGCAAUGUGAGCAUAACUUGUGAGCAGGAGGGUGUCGUUGGAAUGUGGAGCAAUGAUGUUCCAAUCUGUGAUGCGAUAGAGUGCUCAAUGGUGAAUGCAUUGCCCAAUGGAACGGUGAUGUACAGUGUUGACACUGUGGCACCCUUUGAGUUUGGUACUGUGGCGACACUUUCUUGCGAUAAUGGAUUCUUUCUGGACGGAGAUGAUGUGAGAGUGUGUGAAGAUGACGACCAGCUCGACACUGUGGGUGUGUGGAGUGAAUCUAAUGCUACUUGCGAAGGAAUCGUGUGUGCCCUAUUGGAGGACCCGGGAAAUGGCACGAUAGUCUACAAUCGUAAUGUGUCUGAGCUGUUGGAUUUCGGAACCGAGGCCUACCACUCCUGUGAAGAAGGCUUCUUCUUGGUGGGAGAGAGCAUUAGAGAGUGUGGUGAAGGAAACGGAACAAGUGUUGAAGGAGAAUGGAGUGGUGGUGCCCCCGCCUGCUCAGUGAUCAUGUGCGAAAGCCUAAGUACUCCGCUGAAUGGAACCAUAUCAUUCCAAGCUGACACAGCAGCCACAUUCAACUUCAGAACCACGGCCACGUACGCAUGUGACAAAGGUUUUGCCUUGUCUGGUGGAAAUCCAGAGAGGACGUGUGAGGAAGGCCCUACUGAGGGGAUGGGAGCGUGGAGCGGAUCUGCUCCCACCUGUUCUGAAAUACUGUGUGAUACACCAAGUGAUCCGUUUAACGGCAAAGUAAACUUGAAUGUCAAAAAUCUCACUGUUGGAGCCGUAGUGGCCUUUUCAUGUGACCCUGGUUACUCUCUUGUGGGCAAUGUGAGCAUAACUUGUGAGCAGGAGGGUGUCGUUGGAAUGUGGAGCAAUGAUAUUCCAACCUGUGAUGCAAUAGAGUGCUCAAUGGUGAAUGCAUUGCCCAAUGGAACGGUGAUGUACAGUGGUGACACUGUGGCACCCUUUGAGUUUGGUACUGUGGCGACACUUUCUUGCGAUAAUGGGUUUUUUCUAGUCGGAGACGAUGAGAGGGUUUGUGAAGAUGAUGACCAGCUCGACACUGUGGGUGUGUGGAGCGAAUCUAAUGCUACUUGUGAGGGAAUUGUGUGUGCCCUAUUAGAGGACCCGGGAAAUGGCACAAUAGUCUACAAUCGUAAUGUGUCUGAGCUGGUAGACUUCGCAACCGAGGCUCACCACUCUUGUGAAGAAGGCUUCUUCUUGGUGGGAGAGAGCAUUAGAGAGUGUGGUGAAGGAAACGGAACAAGUGUUGAAGGAGAAUGGAGUGAUGGUGCCCCCGCCUGCUCAGUGAUCAUGUGCGAAAGCCUAAGUGCUCCGCUGAAUGGAACCAUAUCAUUCCAAGCUGACGCAACAGCCACAUUCGACUUCAGAACCACGGCCACGUACGCAUGUGACAAAGGUUUUGCCUUGUCUGGUGGAAAUCCAGAGAGGACGUGUGAGGAAGGCCCUACUGAGGGGAUGGGAGCGUGGAGCGGAUCUGCUCCCACCUGUUCUGAAAUACUGUGUGAUACACCAAGUGAUCCGUUUAACGGCAAAGUAAACUUGAAUGUCAAAAAUCUCACUGUUGGAGCCGUAGUGGCCUUUUCAUGUGACCCUGGUUACUCUCUUGUGGGCAAUGUGAGCAUAACUUGUGAGCAGGAGGGUGUCGUUGGAAUGUGGAGCAAUGAUAUUCCAACCUGUGAUGCAAUAGAGUGCUCAAUGGUGAAUGCAUUGCCCAAUGGAACGGUGAUGUACAGUGGUGACACUGUGGCACCCUUUGAGUUUGGUACUGUGGCGACACUUUCUUGCGAUAAUGGGUUUUUUCUAGUCGGAGACGAUGAGAGGGUUUGUGAAGAUGAUGACCAGCUCGACACUGUGGGUGUGUGGAGCGAAUCUAAUGCUACUUGUGAGGGAAUUGUGUGUGCCCUAUUAGAGGACCCGGGAAAUGGCACAAUAGUCUACAAUCGUAAUGUGUCUGAGCUGGUAGACUUCGCAACCGAGGCUCACCACUCUUGUGAAGAAGGCUUCUUCUUGGUGGGAGAGAGCAUUAGAGAGUGUGGUGAAGGAAACGGAACAAGUGUUGAAGGAGAAUGGAGUGAUGGUGCCCCCGCCUGCUCAGUGAUCAUGUGCGAAAGCCUAAGUGCUCCGCUGAAUGGAACCAUAUCAUUCCAAGCUGACGCAACAGCCACAUUCGACUUCAGAACCACGGCCACGUACGCAUGUGACAAAGGUUUUGCCUUGUCUGGUGGAAAUCCAGAGAGGACGUGUGAGGAAGGCCCUACUGAGGGGAUGGGAGCGUGGAGCGGAUCUGCUCCCACCUGUUCUGAAAUACUGUGUGAUACACCAAGUGAUCCGUUUAACGGCAAAGUAAACUUGAAUGUCAAAAAUCUCACUGUUGGAGCCGUAGUGGCCUUUUCGUGUGACCCUGGUUACUCUCUUGUGGGCAAUGUGAGCAUAACUUGUGAGCAGGAGAGUGUCGUUGGAAUGUGGAGCAAUGAUGUUCCAACCUGUGAUGCAAUAGAGUGCUCAAUGGUGAAUGCAUUGCCCAAUGGAACGGUGAUGUACAGUGUUGACACUGUGGCGCCCUUUGAGUUUGGUACUGUGGCGACACUUUCUUGCGAUAAUGGGUUUUUUCUAGUCGGAGACGAUGAGAGGGUUUGUGAAGAUGAUGACCAGCUCGACACUGUGGGUGUGUGGAGCGAAUCUAAUGCUACUUGUGAGGGAAUUGUGUGUGCCCUAUUAGAGGACCCGGGAAAUGGCACAAUAGUCUACAAUCGUAAUGUGUCUGAGCUGGUAGACUUCGCAACCGAGGCUCACCACUCUUGUGAAGAAGGCUUCUUCUUGGUGGGAGAGAGCAUUAGAGAGUGUGGUGAAGGAAACGGAACAAGUGUUGAAGGAGAAUGGAGUGAUGGUGCCCCCGCCUGCUCAGUGAUCAUGUGCGAAAGCCUAAGUGCUCCGCUGAAUGGAACCAUAUCAUUCCAAGCUGACGCAACAGCCACAUUCGACUUCAGAACCACGGCCACGUACGCAUGUGACAAAGGUUUUGCCUUGUCUGGUGGAAAUCCAGAGAGGACGUGUGAGGAAGGCCCUACUGAGGGGAUGGGAGCGUGGAGCGGAUCUGCUCCCACCUGUUCUGAAAUACUGUGUGAUACACCAAGUGAUCCGUUUAACGGCAAAGUAAACUUGAAUGUCCAAAAUCUCACUGUUGGAGCCGUAGUGGCCUUUUCGUGUGACCCUGGUUACUCUCUUGUGGGCAAUGUGAGCAUAACUUGUGAGCAGGAGAGUGUCGUUGGAAUGUGGAGCAAUGAUGUUCCAACCUGUGAUGCAAUAGAGUGCUCAAUGGUGAAUGCAUUGCCCAAUGGAACGGUGAUGUACAGUGUUGACACUGUGGCGCCCUUUGAGUUUGGUACUGUGGCGACACUUUCUUGCGAUAAUGGGUUUUUUCUAGUCGGAGACGAUGAGAGGGUUUGUGAAGAUGAUGACCAGCUCGACACUGUGGGUGUGUGGAGCGAAUCUAAUGCUACUUGUGAGGGAAUUGUGUGUGCCCUAUUAGAGGACCCGGGAAAUGGCACGAUAUUCUACAAUCGUAAUGUGUCUGAGCUGGUGGAUUUCGGAACCGAGGCCCACCACUCCUGUGAAGAAGGCUUCUUCUUGGUGGGAGAGAGCAUUAGAGAGUGUGGUGAAGGAAACGGAACAAGUGCUGAAGGAAAAUGGAGUGGUGGUGCCCCCGCCUGCUCAGUGAUCAUGUGCGAAAGCCUAAGUGCUCCGCUGAAUGGAACUAUAUCAUUCCAAGCUGACGCAACAACCACAUUCGACUUCAGAACCACGGCCACGUACGCAUGUGACAAAGGUUUUGCCUUGUCUGGUGGAAAUCCAGAGAGGACGUGUGAGGAAGGCCCUACUGAGGGGAUGGGAGCGUGGAGCGGAUCUGCUCCCACCUGUUCUGAAAUACUGUGUGAUACACCAAGUGAUCCGUUUAAUGGCGAAGUAAACUUGAAUGUCCAAAAUUUCACCGUUGGAGCCGUAGUGGCCUUUUCGUGUGAUCCUGGUUACUCUCUUGUAGGCAAUGUUAGCAUAACUUGUGAGCAGGAGGGUCUCGUUGGAAUGUGGAGCAAUGAUAUUCCGACUUGUGAUGCGAUAGAGUGCUCAAUGGUGAACACAUUGCCCAAUGGAACGGUGAUGUACAGUGUUGACACUGUGGCACCCUUUGAGUUUGGUACUGUGGCGACACUUUCUUGCGAUAAUGGAUACUUUCUGGACGGAGACAAUGUGAGAGUGUGUGAAGAUGACGACCAGCUCGACACUGUGGGUGUGUGGAGUGAAUCUAAUGCUGCUUGUGAGGGAAUCGUGUGUGCCCUAUUGGAGAAUCCGGGAAAUGGCACGAUAGUCUACAAUCGUAAUGUGUCUGAGCUGUUGGAUUUCGGAACCGAGGCCCACCACUCCUGUGAAGAAGGCUUCUUCUUGGUGGGAGAGAGCAUUAGAGAGUGUGGUGAAGGAAACGGAACAAGUGUUGAAGGAGAAUGGAGUGAUGGUGCCCCCGCCUGCUCAGUGAUCAUGUGCGAAAGCCUAAGUGCUCCGCUGAAUGGAACCAUAUCAUUCCAAGCUGACGCAACAACCACAUUCGACUUCAGAACCACGGCCACAUACGCAUGUGACAAAGGUUUUUCCUUGUCUGGUGGAAAUCCAGAAAGGACGUGUGAGGAAGGCCCUACUGAGGGGAUGGGAGCGUGGAGCGGAUCUGCUCCCACCUGUUCUGAAAUACUGUGUGAUACACCAAGCGAUCCGUUUAAUGGCAAAGUAAACUUAAAUGUCCAAAAUCUCACCGUUGGAGCCAGAGUGGCCUUUUCGUGUGAUCCUGGUUACUCUAUUGUGGGCAAUGUGAGCAUAACUUGUGAGCAGGAGGGUGUCGUUGGAAUGUGGAGCAAUGAUGUUCCAACCUGUGAUGCGAUAGAGUGUUCAAUGGUGAAUGCAUUGCCCAAUGGAACGGUGAUGUACAGUGUUGACACUGUGGCACCCUUUGAGUUUGGUACUGUGGCGACACUUUCUUGCGAUAAUGGAUUCUUUCUGGACGGAGAUGAUGUGAGGGUGUGUGAAGAUGACGACCAGCUCGACACUGUGGGUGUGUGGAGUGAAUCUAAUGCUGCUUGUGAGGGAAUCGUGUGUGCCCUAUUGGAGAAUCCGGGAAAUGGCACUAUAGUCUACAAUCGUAAUGUGUCUGAGCUGGUGGACUUUGCAACCGAGGCUCACCACUCCUGUGAAGAAGGCUUCUUCUUGGUAGGAGAGAGCAUUAGAGAGUGUGGUGAAGGAAACGGAACAAGUGCUGAAGGAGAAUGGAGUGGUGGUGUCCCAGCCUGCUCAGUGAUCAUGUGCGAAAGCCUAAGUGCUCCACUGAAUGGAACCAUAUCAUUCGUAGCUGACACAACAGCCACAUUCGACUUCAGAACCACGGCCACGUACGCAUGUGACAAAGGUUUUGCCUUGUCUGGUGGAAAUCCAGAGAGGACGUGUGAGGAAGGCCCUAUUGAGGGGAUGGGAGCGUGGAGCGGAUCUGCUCCCACCUGUUCUGAAAUACUGUGUGAUACACCAAGCGAUCCGUUUAACGGCAAAGUAAACUUGAAUGUCCAAAAUCUCACCGUUGGAGCCGUAGUUGCCUUUUCGUGUGAUCCUGGUUACUCUCUUGUGGGCAAUGUCAGCAUAACUUGUGAGCAAGAGGGGGUCGUUGGAAUGUGGAGCAAUGAUGUUCCAAUCUGUGAUGCAAUAGAGUGCUCAAUGGUGAAUGCAUUGCCCAAUGGAACAGUGAUGUACAGUGUUGACACUGUGGCACCCUUUGAGUUUGGUACUGUGGCGACACUUUCUUGCGAUAAUGGAUUCUUUCUGGACGGAGACAAUGUGAGAGUGUGUGAAGAUGACGACCAGCUCGACACUGUGGGUGUGUGGAGUGAAUCUAAUGCUGCUUGUGAGGGAAUCGUGUGUGCCCUAUUGGAGAAUCCGGGAAAUGGCACGAUAGUCUACAAUCGUAAUGUGUCUGAGCUGGUGGAUUUUAGAACAGAGGCCCACCACUCCUGUGAAGAAGGCUUCUUCUUGGUGGGAGUGAGCAUUAGAGAGUGUGGUGAGGGAAACGGAAUAAAUGCUGAAGGAGAAUGGAGUGAUGGUUCCCCCGCCUGCUCAGUGAUCAUGUGCGAAAGCCUAAGUGCUCCACUGAAUGGAACCAUAUCAUUCGUAGCUGACACAACAGCCACAUUCGACUUUAGAACCACGGCCACGUACGCAUGUGACAAAGGUUUUGCUUUGUCUGGUGGAAACCCAGAGAGGACAUGUGAGGAAGGCCCUAUUGAGGGGAUGGGAGCGUGGAGCGGAUCUGCUCUCACCUGUUUUGAAAUACUUUGCGAUACACCAAGCGAUCCUUUUAAUGGCAAAGUAAGCUUGAAUGUCCAAAAUCUCACCGUUGGAGCUGUGGUGGUCUUUUCAUGUGAUCCUGGUUACUCUCUUUUGGGCAAUGUCAGCAUAACGUGUGAGCAGGAGGGGGUCGUUGGAAUGUGGAGCAAUGAUAAUCCAACCUGUGAUGUUACUUGUUCUCCUAUUUCUGGUAUCGAAAAUGGCUGGGUGAGCUACAACUUACUCCGAGAGGUCAAUAUGGAGUAUAUCCUUGGAACUCGAGCUUCCUAUUCUUGUGACGAUAGAGCUGAGCUAUUUGGGGAAUCUACAAGAGUGUGUGUUGGUGAUGAUUUGUGGAGUGGCAACGCUCCUUCAUGUCAAAGUGUUUGCUCGAGCCUAGAAGAAGUGUUGUAUAGCAGUGUUACAUAUUCUUCUGCUCCUAAUGCAAAUGAUAACUAUAUGAUGGAAACAGUUGCCACGUAUCUGUGCAGUGAAAAUUACGUACUCAACGGUGCAAUCAGUCGAACAUGUGGACCUGAUAUGCAAUGGUCUGGAACUGCUCCUAGUUGUGAAUUAAUCAUGUGUGACGAGUUGGCUCGUCCUUCCAAUGGAAAUAUCACCUUCUCAAUGGGUGUCAUGCCAAGCUUUGGUGUAAUGACAGUAGCAACAUACAACUGUCACACUGGCUAUGCUCUCACUGGCGGAAAAAAUGUACGAGUGUGUGUGGGGAUAAGUGACGCUCAAUUGGGUCAAUGGAAUGGAAGUGAACCCGUUUGUAAAAUAAUAACAUGUCGAAUGCUCCCAAGUCCUGGCGCUGGCUCAGUUUUAUAUUCAAACCUCUCUGAGCCCAUAAUUUCAGGAACAGUAGCUACAUAUCAGUGCAAUCCAGGAUUUUCCUUAGUUGGAAAUGUCAAUGCAACUUGCGUUGGUAAUGGCCAUAAUGUUUUUGGUGUUUGGACAAGCAAUGAAUCAUCUUGUGAACCAAUCAAGUGUCCACCAUUAAAUGCUCCUCUAAAUGGAAGUAUUCACAAUGCUGCAGACUUUAGAACCUAUUCUAGCUUCGGAACCGAGGCAAGAUAUUCAUGUGAUCGUGACUUCAAGCUCAGUGAUGAAAGUGCAGUAAGAAUUUGCAUGAUGAGUAAUUCACUCGGUGUGAUGGGAGUAUGGAGUGGAGUCGAACUUAAAUGUGAUCCAAUACAAUGUCAGGAAAGUCUUUCCCUUGUUGAUGGCAUCAUCUCGUAUGAUCCUGAAAGUCCUCCAUACGUCAUUGGCACCGUUGCCAGAUACAAUUGCAAUGCUGGGUACUUUCUAAACGGAACACUAUUGAGGAAUUGCACUAACGAUGAACCUAACGAGCGUGGUGUAUGGAGUACUAGUGGUCCAGAGCCACUUUGUGAAGCUAUUGAAUGUGAAGAACUGGUGCUUCCGGCUAAUGGUGAAAAAAUUAUGUACACCAAGGACACCGUGGCUAAUUUUGAGAUAGGAACCCUUGCCAUUUAUACCUGUCUCCCUGGUUACACAUUGCUUGGUGAUACGAACAGAACUUGUAUAGAUGAUAACCAGGCUGACGGAAAGGGUGUGUGGAAUAUUACUCACGCAAAAUCAGAACCAACCUGUAAUGAAAUCCAUUGGAACGACUCGGUAUCGGAAGGUUCUCCUGCUCAAGUUUGCAUCAACUUUAAUACCUCUGUUGUUCUGUAUACCACAACAGACACUGCUACAGUGGGUGAAGACUUCGAAAACAUUUCUACCAUAAUCAAUGCGCAUUCUCCACCCAUGAUGGCAUGUGUCAGCAUCAAUACCUCCAAGGACGCCACUUUUGAGCCUACAGAGUAUUUCUUUGUGAAGCUAAGGAUAAUGGAUCCCAAUAUUAGUUUUCAACAGCCACUGAUCCGAAUCUCAAUUCUAAACAUAGGUGGAUUUCCGAAUGGUUCCAUCUCCACCGUUCUUUUCAUGUUAUCGGAUAUUGUGCGGAAUAUAUCACAGUCCUCUGAUUCUAUCUCUUCCAUUGACAACUCUCUUGCAGAGAUCCUUGAAACAUUCUCGUCUGAAGGCACUUUUGAUAACAUUGAAAUGACAAUAGAUGCAUUUAUCUCAGUUGUGAACACUCUUCUUGGUUGGCCAUCAGACGUUCACUCUAUGACCUCAGCAAGCAUCAUCUCCAAGUUCGAGUCUUUGAUUAAUUUGAUAGUUACAGAAGAUAUGUUUAAGGAGAUCGAACAAUUUGACGAGCAGAUUUCAUUGCGUGCACUAAAGAAAUCUCUGUCAGAGCUUCGCAAUAAUGGUAUAGCAUUCAACUCACCAGUUUCAACAACUUCUCGAAAGAGACAAGUUUCAUCUCAAAUACUAUUUUCAAGUGUCACAUUUCUACCUUCAUUCUUCUCUGCCAGCAGUACUGGAGCAGUUAUAUUCACACUCUUUAAGACUUCAGUCAUGUUUCCCUUGUUGGAUGAUAAGUUCAUGGUUGCUACUCCAAUAGUGGGAGCCAGAGAACCCACGGAGGGCAGCUGCGACCAAGAGAUGUGCAUUUCCAUCAAUUAUGAGCUACAAAAUGAAUACUACAAUGUAACAUGUGUUUCCUGGAAAUUUGAUUAUGGUGGUUGGAACAGUAGUGGUUGUAGGUUAUCGGACUCUUUUACUGAACCUAUUCAUGGGAGUAUUACUUGCAGCUGUAAUCAUGCGGGAAACUUCGCAAUUCAAUAUUGCCCUAUUCCACAACGAUGUGACCCAAAUGCAAACUGUAGCACAGGGGAGGAUUGCCCGUGUAAUGCAGGAUAUGGUCGAAACAAUGAUAGUCCCUACUGUAAAGGAAUCGUAUGCGAGCCACUUAAUGAACAACUAGGCAUGAAUGGAAAUGUAUAUUACAAUAAUUCUGAUCUUCGUGUGAUGACCACUGCGAAUAUAAGUUGCAAGGACGGCUUCUCUCUUCAAAAUGGUAGCCACACCCGAAUAUGUGAACAGGACGACCAGACAGACACUACAGGAAAAUGGAGUGGGAAAAUGCCAACCUGUGAACCCAUACUAUGUAUGAAGCUUGGUAAUCAUCCAAAUGGCAGCGUUACAUACGUUGUGGAUGAUACCCCUGACUAUGAUCUUGGGACUAAUGCCACCUACAACUGUAACUAUGGCUACUCACUCAAUGGAAUGGAUGCUGUGAGAAAAUGUGUUCAGGAUGACCAGAUAGACACUGUUGGAAACUGGAAUGGAAUAGUACCACUCUGUCUUGAAAUCCUUUGUCCUCCUCUUGAUGAGCUUGUCAAUGGAAGCAUCGUUUAUGGAGAAGAUGAAAUAGCCAACUUUGACAUUGGAACAACAGCCAAGCAUUCUUGUGACUAUCGGUACCGUAUCGAUGGGAGUGUGAACAGAACUUGUGACCAAGACAACCAAGUAGAUACAGUGGGAGUUUGGAGAGGAGACCCUCUCAAUUGCAAGCCUAUACCACCAAAUAUUGAGAUAAAUGUAACGGGUAUCAGCUUCAACAACUCAGUGGACCCUGGAAGAGCAUUCAGUAUGUUGUGUUUCUCUGAAGGAGAAUUCUCUGGUCCUGUCUCAUGGAAAUGGAACAAUGGAAUACCUGUACAGAGCAUAGAUUAUAUUGAGCAGCGUUCGAUCAGUUUGGGCAGCUUAACUCGCCUCUAUCAAUCCACCUUCAGUGAGGAGCUAAUCAAUCGUACGACUUAUUUUGCUGAGUUGGUGACACUGAAAGAUUUUGGUGUGGAACCUGACUCCAGUGGAUUGUACACAUGCACUGCUAACAAUGGUCUCACUACUUCAAACAAUCACACUUCAAUCACUAUUAACGCUCCCUCAGUCAAGAUAGAGAAUAAGACUACUUACAUCAGGUAUGAUCUUAACAUCAGUUCACUUGAGGCUAUUGAGGCGCAAAGAAAUCUGACAUCCCGAAAUGUGACUCUCAAGUAUUUGAACACAGCGUUUCUGAGGGGGCUGAAAGAGGACGUUGAAGGCUUCUACUUAAUCGAAUCGUUAACAGUUUCAAGUGACACUGAUCUGAUAAUGGCACGUAUGGAGACAAGAGUGAGAAGAUUUGGGUUCAAGUUCAUCCAAGCCUUCAGCAUCAACGAUUCUCUUGAUGCUUUAGAGAUGGCCGGUCUCCCUGCUACCAAUGUGUCCAUGUCCUUCAAACAAUCUGAAAUGGGAUUCUGCUCAAUGGAUGUUAAUAUGUCCAUCUUGUAUGGAAGAUAUGUAUGGGAGGAGGUUGAAGUGGGUCAAAAUGAUUCACACCCUUGUGUGUAUGGAAGUCUUAAUGGCAUGGGAGUGGCGUCCAGAGUAUGUCGAGCACCACUUAUAUGGGACGAUCCUGUGUAUGUGCCAGUGGAUGAACCGGGUUGCUUCACACGGAAUACCAAAAGAUUCCAGGAACUUCUGAACUCAAAUCUGACUUUUGAGACUGCUGUUGAGACACUCACCAACCUUAGUGAUGUCGUGUCUCUGUCGACUGCUCCUGAAGACCAGAGCAGUCUGAACUUUGGUGUUAUAGUCACUCUGUUUAAUAUCACUAGCAACAUGCUGGACUCCACCACUGGCACAAAACUAGAAGAAAAAGAAGAAAUUGAAGUUGUUACACAAGUUCUUGAUGUGGUUGACACUGUCACUAACUGGCCUGAGGAAGUUAUUAACGAAGGAUCGUCCAUGGUGGUAGAUUCCUUUGAAAGGAUUCUGACAAGUUUUGUUGGGCGUGAGAAUCUGACAAGCAAUAUAUCCAUCACUGGAAAUGAUACAGCAAUACUUGCACUAAGGGCCGAGUCGGAAAUGAUAUCCAUCGAAGGAUUUAGUGUGACCACUGGUCAGAACGGAGUAACAUCAAUUGUGAACUGUAGUGACGAAAUGAGGAAUAGAGAUGAAGCAUGCAUAGCGUUGCCUCCAUUAGUAUUUGAAGACAGUGAGAAAGAUGUUGGACUUGUCUUCACGUACUAUAACAGCCCUUCUUUAUUCCCCCUUGCUGACAAAAACAACUCUAACAGUUCCACAGUGGUGGGAACAAGCGUUAUUGGAGCUAUUGUAGGGGGAGGCAAUCACACAGGAAACGUUACCAUCAUUCUUCCAUUUCUUUUGUCGCCGGCUGCAUACAACCGUUCAACAAUUGCUUGUGUCAGCUGGGAUUUCUCUGGAAACGGCGGUAGAGGAAACUGGACCACGAAAGGAUGCACUGUUAAUAGUGACCUUUGCAGUAACAUAGUCAGCUGCACAUGCGACCAUCUUACUAACUUUGGAGCAUUGGUGGAUUUCUGCCCAAAUCCUGGAGGUUGUGAACCACUGCCAAUAAAAUUACAACUAGCAUUAGACUAUUUUUCUUGGAUUGGAGCUUCAUUGUCUAUCAUUGGAUUGAUUCUUACUCUAAUAACAUUGCUUGGAUUUAAGAAACUGCGUCAGAGAGAUGCUUCCAAGUAUCACAUCCAGUUGUGUCUUGCAAUGUUGCUAUCGCUCAUUUUCUUUCUUAUUGGAAUUGAGGCAAAAAUAUAUACAGGCACCUGUGUUGCCGUAGCAGGACUAGUACAGUACUUCAUCCUGGUUUCAUUCAUGUGGAUGGGUGCUGUUGCAUUGCUGAUGUUCCAGAAGUUGGUUAUUGUGUUUGGGAAUAUCACAACUAGGUUUAUAGUGAUCAUCUCCUUAAUUUGUUGGGGUGCUCCUGCAUUACUGGUUAUCCCUCUGACAGCAGCAAGCGGAGACCUGAUGAUUACGGUGACUAAUGACAUGGAUAAUUGUACAAAGCAACCUACGGAAAACAAAACUAUUAGAUCUUGCUUUACUAGUGACCCAGGGAUAUUGUACGGAACAUUUCUCGGUCCCAUACUUGUGGUGAUUGUCUUCAAUUUCGUCAUAUUUUUCUGCAUACUUGCGGUUCUUUCCAAUCAUAUAAAGAAGAAGUAUAAACGAGCUGUAAACCCACGAAGAUUGGUAAUGAAAUUCGUAAUCAACAUCUUUGGCAUUGUGUCCUUGUAUGGUUUCACCUGGCUCUCUGCGUUUUUGGUAGCCACACAGGAGAGAACAGCAAACUAUACCUUUCAGGUAAUCUUCACCGUACUAAACUCUCUCCAGGGGUUUUUCUUGUUCAUCUUCUUCUGCGUUAUUAGUAAAGAUUCAAGAGAUGCUUGGAAAGGAAUCAUUUGUCGAGGAAGACCAAGAAGUAAGUCGACUAACAAGCAAAGUAGCAGUGGUCAUACUGAUAAAACAGCAAGUACUCUCGCUAGACGCCGCCAUGGUAAUACUAUGUUAUAUUCUACUUCUACAAUGGAAAGAAGAUACACUGGAGCAGACAGCAUGAUGGGAACAUUAGAGAGGAGGCCCAGUACCGGUAUACUAGGCACAAGCUCAGUUGUGAGUACUCUCAACAGAACAGACAAACAUUUGAGUAGCAUGCCUCCUGCCAUUGCUGAAGAGCUUGAACUGAAUAAUGAAUACAUAUUCGCAAAUGAGAAUACCGAAAUUGAAACUGAAUGCUACAUAACCGGCCCUACUACAAGUCCUAUUAUACCCAUGGAUGCUGAGGAAGGUGGUGCUUCUGUUUUCGAGAACGUGGAAGCAUUGAUUAAUGAUCAAGAUGGUCAUGGAAGAGAAAGCGGUGAAUACAUACAAACUGAUGGAAAGCUAAAUGCUGAGGAAGGUGGUGCUUCUGUUAUCGAGAACGUGGAAGCAUUGAUUAAUGAUCAAGAUUGUCGUGGGAGAGAAAGCGGUGAAUACAUACAAACUGAUGGAGAGCUAAAUAGCAAUCCAUUUGCUCAUAUUUAGUGAUAACACACAACUGACUUGCUACAUUGCUAUAGAUAUACUUAUUGACUAAUACUAUAAUUUAUGGAGCUGCUAUUAAAUUAAUUAAGGCUGUAACACGUA